UCCUACAUUACGAUAAACUUAAAAAUCGAAAAGGUGACACAAACAAGUCAAUACUAAAUGGCAGCGAUUGGGAGAUGGACUACUGUUGCUUCAUUUCUUCCUCCAACAACAACUUUCUAUUUCAUUAAUCACAACACAUCAUACAACAAUUACAUAUACCUUUUUCUAUGACUACUAUUUUACACUUAGUAGUAUCGUAUCAUAUUGUUGCAUUCUUCUUCUACUUCAUUUUUUAGUGUAAUCUCAUUACCCACUACUAUACUCUAUUAAUUAAUCUUUUUGCUAUUCCCCAAAAUCUAACCACACAUCUCAAUCACACAAAAUAGUAACACACUGAGAUAGAGAUAGAGAAAUGGUUGCUUCUGCUGAUUUUUUGUUAGAGAGAGAAACUCCAAAUUCACACUUCUACCCACUCUACAAGCUCUGAUUUUUUGGACCAAUUUGGAAUACUCUUCCUUCUUUUUCGUCAUUUUCGUUUCUGGGUUUCUUUCUCAGUGUGGAUUUUGCCUUUUCUGUAGGGCAAGAGUUAUUGUUCCUUAGGGUUCAAUUUGUUAGGGUUUUCAGCUUUAUCUUCUUCAUCUAUGGAGGUUUGUUCAGAAGGAGAGGAGAAGAAGAACAACUCACUAGAGGAAGAGAACAAGGUCAAACGCAAAAUGAAGUCUGCUUCGCAGUUAGAGAUUCUUGAAAAAACUUAUGCUGCUGAGUCUUACCCUUCUGAGGCAAUUAGGGCUGAGUUAUCUGUCAAGUUGGGCUUGUCUGAUCGUCAGUUGCAGAUGUGGUUCUGUCACCGGAGACAGAAGGAUAAGAAGGCUGCACCGGUGAUGGUUAAGAAGGAGGUCGACGUCGCGCUAACUUCGGCUCCAUUCGAGGAGGGUGUCAGGCAUGAUCAUGGUUUGGUUUCUGUCUUGAGACCAAUUGGUAAUGUGGACUCGCCGCAAUUCGUGGCACAGCGUGGGAUGAUGGCAUUUCCUAGGAUGAUGGCAUUGCCUGCAAUGGAUAGCAGUAGUUACCAUGAAUCUCAUCGGACUAUACAGGAGUUACGAGUUGCUGCAUUUGUGGAAAGACAGUUGGGGGAGCCAUUGAGAGAGGACGGACCCAUUCUUGGGAUGGAAUUUGAUUCCCCGCCUCCAGGUGCAUUUGGUGCAUCGUUAGGGUCAGUGGCAAUGGGGCAACACAGGCAAUCUGAAUGGCCUGUUGAGGCAAACAUUUAUGAACAUUUGGAUAAGGGAAUUUCAAGGACUCUCCAUGAAUAUCAAUUUAUUCCAGAGCAGCCAACUGUUAGAAAUGAGAUAUAUGAGAGAGUUACUGCAUCUAUUCCACAUUCUAGGACAUCACUAUCUAGUUUGCCAUCUUUCCUUAAUGGGAAUGAAUCUGCACCUAAGGUGUAUGGAGUCCAAGGUCAGAAGAUACCUGGUCUAAAUCUUUUGUCUCAGUCUGAGCAAGGUAGGCCGAACCAUGUUAUGCUUUCUGCUUCAGGAGGGAAUGAUGAUGAUGUACAAAAGAACCCAUUUGCCGAUGUAACUCUUGACAUUCAAAGCGGGGCUAACCAAGUAACUCCGAUUGAUGGCCCUCUACUGCCAUCUGAUAGGAGGGUUAUCCAUGAGGAGGAACUUGAAAGGUUUCAAAGGAAGCGAAAGAAUGAAGAGGCUAGAAUGCAACGGGAAUUUGAAGUGCAAGAGAAAAGAAUUAGAAAAGAGCUUGUAAAACAGGAUAUUCUAAGGCAAAAGAGAGAGGAGCAAAUAAAGAAAGAGAUGGAGAGGCAAGAACGUGAAAGGCAGAAGGAAGAGGAAAGAUUAUUGCGUGAAAGACAGCGAGAGGAGGAUAGGCUCCUUAGAGAACAGAGACGUGAGCAGGAGCGGCGGGAGAAGUUUUUGCAGAAGGAAUCACUCAGAACUGAGAAAAUGAGACAGAAGGAAGAACUACAUAGGGUGAAAGAGGAGGCAAGGAUUAAAGCUGCCAGUGAGAGAGCUAUUGCCCGCAGAAUGGUCAAAGACGCAAUGGAUCUUAUUGAAGAUGAACAUCUGGAACUCAUGGAAUUAGCUGCAUCAAAGAAGGGGCUAUCUUCAAUACUGGCUCUUGACUAUGAAACUAUGCAAAAUCUUGAAUCAUAUGGAGAUGGGCAGACAUUCUUCCCACCCAAGUCUGUACAGUUGAAAAGAGCUUUUUCAAUUCAACCUUGGUCAGAUUCUGACGAGAAUGUAGGAAAUCUUCUAAUGCUUUGGAGGUUCUUGAUUACCUUUGCUGAUGUUCUUGGAAUAUGGCCAUUUACCUUGGAUGAGCUUAUACAAGCUUUUCAUGACUAUGACCCUAGGAUGUUAGGUGAGGUCCAUAUUGCUCUUCUGAGAUCCAUUAUAAAAGAUAUUGAAGAUGUUGCAAGAACACCCUCUACUGGAUUAGGAGCUAACCAAAACAGUGUUAUGAACUCUGGUGGGGGGCAUCCACAAGUAGUUGAAGGGGCGUAUGUAUGGGGUUUUGAUAUAAGAAAUUGGCAGCGGCAUUUAAAUCCAUUAACAUGGCCAGAGAUUUUGCGACAAUUUGCAUUGUCAGCUGGAUUUGGGCCGCAGUUGAAGAAACAGAAUAUUGAGCAGGUGCAUCCUAGCAACAAUGAGGGUAAUGAUGGUAAAGAUAUAAUUUCUAAUCUACGCAGUGGAGCUGCUGUUGAAAAUGCUGUUGCUAUUAUGCAAGAGAAGGGAUUAUCUAAUCCUAGAAGAAAUAGGCAUCGUUUAACGGCUGGAACUGUUAAAUAUGCUGCAUUUCAUGUCCUGUCUCUGGAAGGAAGCAGAGGCCUCAAUAUACUGGAAGUUGCAGACAAGAUUCAGAAAUCUGGACUUCGUGAUCUUACAAUAAGCAAAAAUCCAGAGGCUUCUAUAGCUUCUGCUUUAUCUAGGGAUUCAGAACUAUUUGAAAAGACAGCUCCUUCAACAUAUUGUGUACGUCCUGCAUAUAGAAAGGACCCAGCUGAUUCUGAAGCAAUUUAUUCAGCUGCUAGGGAAAGAAUCAGGAUAUUCAAAAGUGGAUUUGUGGGUGCAGAAGAAGCUAAUGAUUGUGAAAGGGAUGAAGAUUGUGAAAGCGAUAUGGCAAAAGAUCCUGAAAUUGAUGAUUUAGGAGCUCAACCAAAUACGAAAAAGGAGGUCUCAAAUUAUGAGGAAUUUAAUGCAAACACUGUCGUGAGAAGUGGGAAGGACAAUGGUGAGGUUUUGCAAACUCCUGAAAGUUGCCAUGAGAAAGUGGAUGAGGGUUUAAGAUCAACUGUUGAUGAAGGUUUCGACGAACAUAAAGAUGUUUGUAUAUCUAGUAAAAUUACUGUUUGCAGCAAUGACGUUGCUAAUCCAAUUCUAAAAGGCGUGGAUGUUGAUGAAAAGACUCCUGGUGAACCAUGGGUACAAGGGCUUAUGGAGGGAGAAUACUCGGAUCUUAGUGUUGAGGAGCGUCUUCAUGCUCUUGUUGCUUUGAUUUCUGUGGCAAUUGAAGGAAAUUCUAUCCGUGUUGUGCUGGAGGAACGUCUAGAAGCCGCAAAUGCUUUAAAGAAACAGAUGGGGGCUGAGGCACAUCUUGAUAAACGCCGUAUUAAAGAGGAUUAUUUUGUUAAAAUGCAGUCUUCCUCAUAUUUGAAAAACAAGAAUGAACCAGCUGUUACAUUUCCAUCUGUAGGGGGGAAACAGUGCCCAUUGCAUACUGUUGAUGUCCAAAAUGACAAGGCUUUGCUCACUCCCUGUGACCGGCGUGAACAGAUAAAUGCACAACAGGAAAAUGAAAAUCCUCUGCAGAGUUCCUUAUUAGAAGUGAACAUGCAGAGGCAAGAUUGUUCUACUGGCCCGGAUAAUUAUUCAAUCCAACAAUCUAUAUAUGCUUCUGAAAGAUCUAGGUCAAAUUUAAAAUCAUACAUUGAUCACUUGGCUGAACAAACUUACAUGAUUAGAUCAUUGCCUCUUGGUUUGGAUCGGAGAAGAAACCGAUACUGGCAAUUCACUACUUCUGCUUCUCAAAAUGAUCCAGGUUGUGGUAGGAUAUUUGUGGAAUUGCGUGAUGGCUGUUGGAAGCUGAUUGAUUCUGAAGAGGGUUUUGAUGCUCUAUUGGUAUCAUUGGAUGUACGUGGGAUAAGGGAAUCCCACUUGAAUAUGAUGUUGCAAAAAAUUGAAAUUUCCUUCAAAGAAUCUGUUAGAAGAAAUGUCCAAAAUGGAGACACUGUCAAGAAACUUGAUAGAGAAGCAGUUAAAAUAGCUAAAGACCAAGAUUGCAGUGCUAAUAUUUACUAUCCUACUUCUGCAUGCAUGGAUGAUUUGGACACAUCAGUGGCAUCAACAUCUUUUAUGGUUCAGCUUGGAAGAACUGAAGUUGAGAACAAAGAUGCUUAUAUGAGAUAUUGGGACUUUGAGAAAUGGAUGCGAAAGGAAUGUCUAAAUUGUUCAGUAUCACGUGCAAUGAAGUUUGGGAAGAAGAGGUGCAACCAAAUACUUCUCAUGUGUGAUUUGUGCCAUCAUGUCUAUUUCUUUAGAGGAUCACCGUGUCCUUCAUGCCAUAGAACUUUCAGUACUAGUCAGGGGAACUCUGGUUCUUAUGAAAGUUUUGCUCAUUCUGAAGGCAAAAUGAAUAUUGACACUCAUUUGUCUCAUGAUUCUUCCUCUUCUCCAAUGAGGAUGAGAUUGCUCAAAAUCCUCUUGUCAGUUGUUGAGGUAACCCUUCCUCAAGAAGCUCUGCAACCUUUUUGGACAGAGAGGUACAGGAAGUCUUGGAGUUCAAAACUAGAAGCUUCCUCAUCAACCGAAGACAUUCUACAGAUGUUGACUGCAUUGGAAGGUGCUAUAAAAAGGGAGUAUUUGGCUUCAGACUAUGAAACUACCAGUGAGCUGUUAGGUUCAGUUUGCUCGUCCGGAUGUAUCCCUAAUGAUACCAUUGGUGGUGGUAGGAUACCUGUACUUCCAUGGGUGCCAUAUACAACUGCUGCUGUGGCUCUGAGGCUCAUGGAACUUGAUGAAUGCGCCUUUUACACCUCACAACAGAAGCUGGAGUCCAAGAAGGAUGAAAAAGUUGGAAUUGUUGUGAAGCUUCCAUCAAAAUAUGCUGCUGCCAAAAAUUCCUACGAUGCUGGUGCAUUUGUAACUUCAUUUCAGGCUAAGCAUACUGUAGAGGACCGGGGUGCUCUUGGUGCUGGCCUCGAGAGCUGCAGCAAACGACAAAGGACUCGACAAGGCCGCAGCCAUUCUCGUGAUCAAAGAUCACAGGGAAGAGUUGCUAGUUCCAGAUCGACUUCCAGAAAGAGAAGCACUACAUCUAACAGUAGGAAAAAAGAUAGUAGGAUAAAAGGAAAGUUACUUGGAUGGAAAGGGACGCCAAACGUUCGUGGUCGGAGGAGCAUUAGAAGCAGGCAGAAACCUGCAGCCAAGAUGGAUGUGAUCAUCAGUGAGAAGCAUACCCCAAAAGAUAUCACAGAGGAAACGCCAAUCUUUGCCAUAGAGGAGAUUAAUGAAUGUGAAACUGAAGCCAAUGCGCGAAAUGCUAGCAAUUUGGAAAGAUCAGACUAUGAAGGUGAUCUUUAUGGAGCAACAGAUGAGUAUCAUCAUCUAGUAGAUAAUAAUAAUAAUGAUGGAUAUAAGGGUGGAUUUAGUGGGAAAUCUGAGAACUUAAUAGCUCAAAGCCACUAUAAUAUGGAUGAUGAGAAUGAUGUGAAUAUGGAUGACGAUAACAGCGAGGAAGAUGGGCAAGUCAAUCUUAAUACUGAAGAUUAUAUAAUUGGAGGGGACUCGGAUACUGGGUACAACAGAGAAGAAAAUGAAGAACAUGAGGAUCCAGAUGGAGAUGGUUCUACAUCAUCAGAUUGCGGUGACUAAAUGUAGCGCAAUGUAGUAAAAAUAGUUCAUAAGUUAAAUUUUGAUCUUUUUUGUUUUGUAAUAUAGGAAUAGGCCAGUAUCAGGUGCUUGGGAUAGAAUUUGUAUGCUACAAAAUAUCGAAAUGAAAUGUUUUUCUUCUGCCGUUA